GAUUCAGCUUAAUGUAGUUGGAGUUGUGCGCAUUAUAAAGUCCUUUAAAAAUGUUUUUCCUAAAUGUGAUUUGAAAUAACAUAAAUAAAUAAUGUAAAUAAUGACAACGUCUUUCACAACCGACCCUAGUAGCAAGCGCGUCGUCGAAAAAGUGCCCCAUUUACGUCAAUCCCAAACUGUCAAAUUUAUCUAAUCGAAAAUGACUCAAAAUUGACAGAUUUUAGCCAAAUCGAGUUAAAAAUGGAAUUACUGCAGCAUUCGGUGUAGACAGUUUCAUCCGUAAGUCCACUCCAAGCACACCCAUCGUAAAACCCAACCAAAUCCUCUUCAGUUCGAGCAGUCAUGUUGAGCAGUUGUCAGUAGACCCACCUCCGAGGAUGGGGGGCUCCGUGAGUCAGGUGUUCCAGUCUGGAAGCGCAUUGUUGUCGAACGGCCACGGACACAAAGUAUCUGACUCGACGAGACAAAAGGUACAAACGAUUUUCGACGCUCUCAGAGCCAACCCAAAGAUUGGAGUACAAAGAUUAGAGGGGCUGUUGCAACAAAUACCCAAAAAUGAGAAUAUUUUGGCCAUACAUGACGAGGCGGGCUAUAACCUGCUGCAAAAGUGUGUGGGGGCGAAUAACGUGGAGCUAGUUCGGUGGCUGUUGGCUCGACACACCGCUGCUGAUGUCAAUAGGUUUCCUUGUAGUCUUCCGCUUCAUAUUGCUUGCUUAAAAGGUCAUGAUGAAUGUGUGGAAUUGUUGCUGAAACAUGGGGCUAAAGUUGAUGUCGAGGCUCGAAUGUGCUGGCCUGGGGCCCACAGUAGCAACUGCGAGGAGAGGGGAAAGUACACGUCGGCCAUCCAGCAAGAAGAGAACUGCAUUGAGCGCGAGAGCCGCGACCGUCCUUCCAGCAAACUUCAAUCAGCAAUUUACUACGCUUUAGACGGUGACCAAGUAACUAUUUUGACGAUGUUAUCGCAAAGAAGCGAAGACCCAUGGAACGGUAUUUUCCGUGCGAGAAAACCUCUUCUUCAUGCCGCAUGCGAACGUGGAGCUUGGCGCUGUACUCAAUUCUUAGUUACCGAAAGAACUGACGAAAUCCAUAUUCUAAAGGAUGAAUAUUAUCCAAUCCACUACGCUGUACUACACGAUAGCAAGUUUUUAGAACUUUUAAUCAGUUCCGGUGCUGAUACCACAGUCAGGACGUGUACUCAACAGAUGACGUUGUUGCAUGUUGUUCUUCUGGUGGCACACAAAUCGGCGGAAGAUACAAUGUCGACAAUUCGAUUAUUGUUAGACCACGGAUGCAAAGAAUUGAUAAACACACCUGAUAGUUUAGGAAAUACACCUUUACAUGCGCUUAUAGUUAGAUAUGCCCUUGAGGAAGCCCAAUACGGGUACGAUAAAUGGAAAAAAUGGGACGUUUUACAUUUGGUUAGGUAUUUAAUCCAAUCUGGUGCUGGACAGUCAAUCAAUCAUGCGGGAAAUUCGGCUGUGGCCUGUGUUUUGAGGCAUAUUCGAGACUGGGAAGUUUGCUACGACUUACUCAACAUGUUACUGCAUGAAGGAGGCGAUCCUAAUAUGGUCGGUAGGGACGGUUCAGUGCCUUUAAUGGUCUGCUUAGUUCCCUUAAUAAAUAAAGAUCCGCUUCAUCAUUUCACGCAUAGCAUGAAGGUGUGUUACUUAAAUUGUAUCAGAAUUUUGCUGAAAGAGGGCGCCAAUCCUAACUGUAGUUACAGAGCCAACUUGACACCUCUCCACGUGUUAGUUUUCACCGUAUCGGAAAACAUAACGUUGAAUUGCGACGUUCAGAAAGAGCUCAAUUUUGAAUUCAUAAAGAAUUUGUUGGUUCUUUUGCUGAUCCACGGUCUUGAUCCGAACGUAAGGGUUAGCAUGAGGACGCAGCAUAUUUUACAAUCGUGUAUGGAUAUGAUACAGAAUGUCCGCGACUCGAAAGAUAUCCACUACGUGUACGACCUUACGCUUACUUUGGUACAAUACGGGGCGAAUCCCGACCUAAUUUUGAACAUGUCCGAAGCAAUAAAGAACCAUCCAUUGCAUCUCCAGUCUAUAUGGAAAACGAAAAACUACAUCUUGUACUAUUACAUAAUGCUUAUAUCGCGUAAAGAGAAUCUCAUAAUGGAUCCAAACAUGAGUUUUUCGAAAAUAAUCAUGUUAUUUUAUUUUAUAAUGGAGCACAAGCCGUUAUUUGAAUGUUUGAAGAUUUUGCACACUCAACAGUUGAGUUUGGUACCGGGGAAAAUGACUGAGCCGUUGACUUGUAUUAUUAGAGAUUUAUAUAAAAGACCAAGAAGUCUGAAACAGAUCUGCCGCGUUAAAAUACACAACUGUCUCGGACGUAGACCGGGACUUUACAUUAACAAAUUGAAUCUGCCCAAUCAGCUGAAAGAUUAUUUGUUGAAUUUUGAACCGUAGAUCUUGAUGACUCGAAGACGUUCAGGAUUUCUUCUAAUAUCGUUUUAGAAUUAAGUGGCGAAUAUCUAAAUGUGACCCUCUUUAGCCCAGUGUUGUACAUGUUUCUUUAAUUCCUUAAUAAUUUUGAAAAUACUCGUCAAGUCAAUUAUCAAAACGUAUCAAUUGUUUGACUUGUUUCUGGCGCUAGCUGUGAUAUGUUAAAAAAUCCUGGACGCCCUUGAGCCGUUGUUAGUUUUUAAGGGAGAUAAUAUACUUGUGAUUUCUUGUUAAAAUUUCUAAAUUCUAGUAAUCGUAAGUGUUCAGUUGAAAUGGUACAAUUGGGGUCGAAUAAAAAGCAAGGAUGUUGUAGAACUACGACUUAUGAUAUCUUAAUACGCUUUUGAGCUGUGUUCGUGUUGAACAGGGUUUUGUGCAGAUUACACAGUUUUUAAAUGAAUCACUCACGCUAUUUAAUUCCGUGGCUCUUACGUUCUAAAUACACUGGACACGGUUUUGGUUCCAUCACUCGGUUUUUCUUUGACAAUAAACAUUUAGCUCGGUUUGUUGUAGGAAUCUGGCAAAGUCCUAUGCUAUACAAAAUAUCAGCUCUGUAAAUUUAAUAUAUAUGCCAAAUAUUAUUAAGAGCUAAGUAUAAUAUAUAAAUUGGAUAGUAUAUUUUAUGUUAAGAUUUAAGAUUAUGUGAUUUUAUUGUUGAGGCAUAUUGGUAUCAUAUUUGGAUAAAAAGUAUUUAAUAAAAAAUGUCUAUAUUGAAA